AUGGGCCCCACCAAGAACCACCAACCGCAAGAACAUGUGGACAUUCCUCACAACAUCUCCGACCUAUACUGCUUCACAGAGACCGAGGGCAUCGUCACGACGACUAUGAUGGACCUGCCGGGCUAUCGCGUCGUCAGGGUCCUCGGGGCCGUCUAUGGCCUCACGGUGCGCUCGCGCAACAUUGCCGCUGGCAUCGGCAUGGUGAUCAAGUCUCUCGCGGGAGGCGAGCUCACCUGGUUCACAUCGAUGCUGUACAACUGCCGCAACGACUCGCUCAGUCGCUGCGUGGCCGAGACAAAGGCACGUGGCGGCAAUGCCAUCAUCUGCCUGCGAUUCGACACGGCCGAUCUGGGCGGCUUCGCGCAGUCCUGUGCAUACGGCACUGCGUGCGUCGUGGAGAAGCUCGAGGGAGGAGAUGCAGUGGCGACGCAGCUGCACAAUCGCAACAAUAGCGUGAAUGCUACUGCAUCAGCUGCGCGAUAG